AAACCUUUGAAAUGAAAAGGCAUAUAGAUUUAACUAGCAGUUUUAUUCGAUACUACCUCUCUGAAUUCCAAUAUUUAUUUGGGAGUGGGAAAAAACUCAAUCUGUGAACUAUUCCGCUUCCCCCAAGUAAAUCUCUCAAUAUAAAUUGAUCGAUGCUGAUCACCAUACCAGCCAUUCCCGAUCUUAAUCAGGUUAGCUAGACUCAAAUUAAACGUACGUACAAUGGGUGAGAUGAAAUGGAUUGUUUCCCUCUGGUUUCUGUUCAUCAUCGCGAAUUCGAAUCGUGCUUCCACCGUUGAGGGAAGAGAGAUUCCGGCAGCAUCACCGCCGGCCGUCGGCUUUAUAGCCGGGCACCGGUUGGAAACCGAUUCAGCCGGGUGUUGGGAUGCUCUGUGGGAGAUAAAGUCUUGCAUGAGUGAGAUCGAGGCUUACUUCAUCAACGGGACGAUCGACAUUGGGGCAGAGUGCUGCGAAGCCAUCACCACCAUCACUCGCCACUGCUGGCCGGCUGUUCUCUCCGGCAUCGGCGUUUCCCCGGAGGAGUCCGACAUUCUCAGAGGCUAUUGCGACGCCGCGCGCCGAAUCGUCGCCUCCGGCUGAUGAUGUCGGCGGCUCGUUUCAACCCAUUCCAAGUCCUGUCGUCAAUUAGUAUAGUGCAGUACAAAUCAUGCUGGUCUUCGUGGCAAACAGCCGGCCGGCUGCCACGUGUACCUACAUGUCUGAUCGAUCAUCUGAAUUGUCUGCUACUUUAAUUAAUCAAAUUAAAUAAAUACAGUUUUUGUUCUUCCUAAAUGUGAUUGUUCGUAGUAUAAUACUCAGUUCAUGAUUCCCCCUCCCCCAAGGCAUAUCAUUCGAACGAAUUCGUCAGAAUUUUUAUCUUCUUCAACGAAAAGUUCUAUAUAUAUAUGUGUACCAUUUUAAAUUUCAUUAAGGCACCCAGGCCAGUCUUUAGUUUU